AUGUUACGCUGUCCAUAUUCUAGGCUGAUCCUAAGAAACGAGAUGAAUAAUUUUUAAUAGUUCAUAAUAAACCCCAUUUACAGAGGACGCAUACUUAAAUAAAUGUAUCCAGUUAAACAGUUAAUUGUAGAAUCAAAUAACGCAUAAUGAGAACCCCCCUUAACUAUUAUAAAACACCAGGUUAAAUGGAAAAAAUUAAUUAAUACAGAAUAAUGGAGACAGUAUCAGGUAGGUAUUGAUGGAACAAUAGGGAUGGGCUGGUCUUAUUAAUCAAUUGUAUUUAAUUGACUUCAACAUUACUAUUGUCAAAAACAUACUGCUCAUUUAUUAUAGGGACAGAAUAUAUAUAUUACAGAAACUGAAAUUCAGAUUGCAAUUUCUAUUUGAAAGUUUCAUAAUCAAAGCAAGACACAAUUUCAAGUUUUGGUGAUGU